AUGGAAACAUCCCCAAAUGUUUCUAAACGUGAGAAGGAUGUUGCCCAAUCAGAAUGCGAGAUCCCAGGAGAGGCGGUGCUUGUACAAGCCCACUGCAACACAGAUCCCAAUGUCAGCAAGGGGGCAGAGCCUAACUUCAACCUCAACCUCAACCUGACUUCGCCGAGCAACCCCCGUUUGAUUCUGUAUGGUGGCAACAAAAAGGAAAAUGGGAAUAAAGUUGAUGGGGGACCUGGGGCAAAAGGAGGAGUUACUACUGAAACCGGCAAAUCAGCAAGCACCCUCACAACCACUGUGAAGUGGCCCGGGGAAAGAGAUGAUCUGUCACGGCAAAAAAGCAGAAUUCCAUCAUUGUCUCGCUCACAAACAGCCGAAGCGUCAGUGAACAGCAAAGGCGAGCAAAGGCUGAAAUCCCCAAACCCCAAACAUACUCCAGCACUCAUGACUACAAGUCCAAAACCACAUCGGUUGGAUCAAACGACGAUCACGAGCAGCCCCAGAACAACUGAAAGAGUCAAAACACAAAUCGUGAGAUCAGAAUCUGCAAGUGUCAUGAACCCCAAACCACAAAUUGUUGUGACGACUGAACUGACAACAAAGACUACAAGUAAAGUAACAGUGAGCCUGAAAAUGCAAACCAACAGGAAAGAAGAUGGGACACAGCCACCUCUGACACUACACCUUCCUGUAAGCCCAAAGGUUCACAGUCAGAAAGGAGAUUUAAAUGUUAUUAGUCCAAAACUGGCCAAUCAAACCCCAACAAUUAACCCCAAAACACCCAAAUCAGAAUCAGCAAGCACAACAGCAAAGUUAAAUGGGCAGACCAGACAAGACUCAAGGACUAACACUUCUGAGAUGACCACUGUGGGCCCAAAAUUACAGAAUCAGAGAUCUGAAUCAGCACUGCUUAAUACCAAGACCACCCAACCGAGUUCCCUGAGUCCUAAACUGUCCGUGCAAACAAAAGCUAGAACCAGUAACACGUCAGGGUCUAAGGAGAACUUUGAGUGUAAAGAUUUAAGUGCUGUUUCAGGAUCCAAAUCUAAUUCGAAUUCUAAAAGCACGACAGCAUCCAAGGAGGGUCUGGAUGCUAAAACAGGCUCUGAUCCCAAAGCCAGUGCCAGUUUGAAAACAUUAGGGACUGGGUCCAGAGAUAGUCUGGAUUCUAAAAGUGGCACUGCAUCCAAAAUCAAUUAUGGAUCAAAGGACAGCUUAGACUCUAAAACUGGACUCAAUUCCAAAGGCUGUCCCAAUUCUAAGUCCAGGACAGGCUCCAGAGAUAGCCUUGAUUCUAAGACAGAUAUGGGUUCUAAAUCUGUCUUGGGGUCAAAUGAUGAUCUGGAUCCCAAGAAUCUCAAAACCGGUUCAAGUUGCAAACCUGGAUCCGAGUUGAAAUUGAGCUCUACUUCUGAUAAGCCUAGUCCAACCCCAUCCAUUUCUAAAGCUUCUCUGGUGGCCUCUGGCUCUAAGGUUGAUCCGGCCACAUCCAUCUCCCCAUCGUCCUCUAGAACUGGUCUAUCAGGGUCCAAAGACAACCACCUCAAGACCACAGGCACCGGUGCUAAGCCUGGUUCAGAUCCAAAAGCCAGUUCCGAUUCUUCUAAGCCUGGGCCAGUUCGGUCUAGUUCAAAGUCAACUCUGGCAGAUUUCUCCACCUCCUUGACACUCUCUCCAAGACCUGGUUCAGCAAGUAAGAGUCCUGGAUCUGGUCCUGGUAAAGGUCUCAGCUGUGAACCAAGCAAGGAUGGCCAGAGGAGUCCUAGUUUUGCUCCAGGUUCCAGUGUGAUGCUGGGUCCGCUGGCCACCUCCAGCCCCAAAACCAGAACCACUGUUGCCUUGACAACAAGGGGAGGAUCCACACCAGAGCCUGCAGCUGUGAGAUCUGUUGCUGUGGAAACCAGCAGCACACCCCAUAAUACCAGCCUGACUCGGGGUCUUACCUUCGAAUCCAUUACCAAGACUUCGGUGAAACCAAACGCUGCUAUCGAGGAAGAACAUUUAAAACUGCCUGAGACCAAAGCAGCAGCUGCAGGGGGACUGGUGAAAUCCCAGGGUGCCAUGCGAAGUGUAGAUGUGACUGACAAAGAAGUGUGGUCGCCAGCAGAAACAACUGUACCAUUCACCCCGCUGAGCAAACCUGGUCACUUGGGAGAUACAAAUGUCAUCACUGCUGGUAGCAACAUGCCAUCAUGGAGGCCGACAGGUGCAGAAAGUAAGAAAGAAGAGAAGAAGCAGGAGGGAAGUAAACAGAAAGAUGGUCUGGUAGAUUCUUUGUCUCUCUCUCCCUCCUCUCCUCUGCCUCCCCCUUCCACUCAUCCAGUGACCUCCAAGAGUAUCAGGGAAACAGCGACCAUGACCGACCCCAGUCAGAGGAUUCAUCCGCAGGGAGUGGAAUGGAGGGAAGUGGGCAUCCAGGUGGAAGUGGAGUCAGUUGAACGUUCAGUCUCCACCAGCCCUAGCCUUCACAUGGGAGCUACCACCUCCUCUCCAAUUGGCUCUCCCAGCCUUCAGUUUGAUAGUUUGAUCUCACCCACGGUCCCCUCAUUGUCCUGCGUCUCUGCUGGUCAGCCUCCCUUCCAGCAUGUCUGCAAGAUUGACAUCGAGAUGUUCAGCCAAUCAGUGCUUCCCUCUGUUGUGACUGACAAGGCUAAAUCCCUCCCCGCCUGUCUGCGUACCUACAGCUUCCAGCAAAGCCCCACGCUUGCGUCUGAGCCACAUCUUGGACCAAAACAAGACAGGGACAGAAGCGCUGACAGUAUUUGGGAGGAUGAAGAGGAGGAGGAGGCGGAGGAGGAGGAAGAGAAAGCAAGAGAGCAAAACGAGAAGGAAGAGAUCAAGGAGGAAAGGGAUGAGAUGGUGAAGCCGCAAGAGGUGGCGUGGGACGAGAAGGGGAUGACAUGGGAGGUGUACGGUGCUUCAGUGGACCUGGAAUCCCUGGGUACGGCGAUCCAGUCUCACCUCGAGUCCAAGAUUCAGGAGCAGAAGAAACACAUCAGGACUCUGAGGAAAUCCAUCUGCUCUGACAGCAGCCUCAGAGGGUACAAGGUGAAGAAAAAGAGGAAGAGGAGAGGAGGGAUUUUGGGAUGUUGCAGGAAGGCGCCCGCUGUGGCAGACUGAGACUGGCCCAGAAAUCCUACUCACACCUGCAAAGCACAAAAGUUAAUCAAUCUCUUUGCAGAGAGCACAAUCCAACAAGUCCUCCGAAUUUACUGACCAAAUAUUUGAUUUGACCACGUGACUCUAGAACGACACAUAUGAGCUUUUUCCAAUCUGGCGCCCCUAUCAUUUGCUUGUCCUUUCAAAAACCAU